UCCGGGUUCGGCCACAGCGCAGGCAUUGUUCCGCGCGCCGACGCUCGCAGUUGCUGAGCAGUUAGGCCCUUCGGGAUUAACCCCCAGCGGCCCUGCGGAUGCACAGUAGGGGAGAGGACCAAACAAGCUUAAUCCGAGUCGACCGUAUUGCAGAAUCGGGGCCAGGGUUUGCUUAACCCGAGUUCGUCCUGCCGCAGAGCCUGCCAGGCACUGAGGCGGUGACAGGCCCAGCCUGCUCUGCGGGCCAGCGGACGUUCGGUAGGGGCACGGGGCAGCUCCUGGUGUCCGAUGUGCGCAUGCGCAGGGUCUAGGCGCGAAGCUGGAAGCGGUGCUCAGGACUUCAGCACCCUGCUGUGCCUGGAGGAGAGCAUGGAAGAGCAGGAUGAGAAGCCCCCAGAGCCCCCGAAGGCCUGUGCGCAGGAUUCUCUCCUUCCUCAAGAGAUUAUCAUCAAAGUCGAGGGAGAAGACACUGAGUCACAGACCAUCCCAUCUCAAGAAGGCGUGAACUUCAAAAUUGUGACUGUGGACUUCACACAGGAGGAACAGGGCACUUGGAAACCUGCUCAGAGGAGCCUGGAUGGAGAUAUUAUCCUGGAGAGCCACAGAGACCUAGUCUCUUGGGACUUACCAGCUGUGGUUGGAAAAGAAGAUUCAGCUUCAAAGCAGAACAUUUCUGAUGAAGAGCCAGCCAAUGGAGUGAAGACAGAAUGUUUUACAAGGAAUGAUCCUUGGUUGUCUUCAUAUGAAGAAGUUGGUGACUAUAAAGAUCAGUUGGAGGAGCAACAGGAAAAACACGAGAUAUUUUUGCAGGAAGUGGCUUUCACUCAAAGGAAAGCAAUUAUUCAUGAGAGAGUCUGCAAAAGUGAUGAAACUGGGGAGAAGAGUGGUCUGAAUUCCAGCCUAUUUUCAUCCCCAUUUAUACCCAUAAUAAACCAUUUUCAUAACCAUGUACCACAUGCUAAAAAAUGGUAUCUUAAUUCUGCUGUAAACAGUCAUCAGAAGAUUGAUGACAAUGAGACAGUACGUGAAAAUAAUGAAUGUGGAAAACCCCCUCAGAGCAUUCACCUUAUUCAGUUUACAAGAACUCAAACAAAAGAUAAAUCCUGUGGAUUGCAUGACAGUGUUCAAUCUUUUUGCCAUGGUACACCACUACAGAUACAUGAAAAAAUUCAUGGAGGAGGAAAAACCUUUGAUUUUAAAGAAUGCGGGCAAGUUUUGAACCACAACAUAUCCCAUAAUGAACAGAGAAUUCCUGUUGAAGAGAGUCUAUAUAAAUGUAGUAAAACCUCUCAGAGUUCCUCCCUAACUCAAAGCAUGAGAAAUAAUUCUGAAGAGAAACCUUUUGAAUGUAAUCAAUGUGGGAAGUCCUUCAGCUGGAGCUCUCAUCUUGUUGCGCAUCAGAGAACGCAUACAGGAGAGAAACCUUAUGAAUGUAGUGAAUGUGGAAAAUCCUUUAGCCGGAGCUCACACCUUGUUUCCCAUCAGAGAACUCAUACUGGAGAGAAGCCUUACAGAUGUAAUCAGUGUGGCAAAUCCUUUAGCCAGAGUUAUGUCCUCGUUGUGCAUCAAAGAACUCACACUGGAGAGAAGCCUUAUGAGUGCAAUCAGUGUGGAAAGUCAUUCAGGCAGAGCUAUAAACUUAUUGCACAUCAAAGAACACAUACCGGAGAGAAGCCCUAUGAAUGUAAUCAAUGUGGGAAAUCAUUUAUCCAGAGCUAUAAACUUAUUGCACAUCAAAGAAUUCAUACUGGAGAAAAACCCUAUGAAUGCAAUCAGUGUGGGAAAUCCUUUAGUCAAAGUUAUAAACUUGUUGCUCAUCAAAGAACUCACACAGGAGAAAAACCCUUUGAAUGUAAUCAGUGUGGGAAAUCCUUCAGCUGGAGCUCUCAGCUUGUUGCACAUCAAAGAACUCACACUGGAGAGAAACCAUAUGAAUGCAGUGAAUGUGGAAAAUCUAACCGCAGUUCUCACCUUGUUAUGCAUCAGAGAAUUCACACUGGGGAAAAACCGUAUGAAUGUAGUCAGUGCGGGAAAUCCUUCAGCCAGAGUUAUGUUCUUGUUGUACAUCAGAGAACUCAUACUGGAGAAAAGCCCUAUGAAUGCAGUCAUUGUGGGAAGUCCUUCAGGCAGAGUUCAUGUCUUACUCAACAUCAGAGAACGCAUACUGGAGAGAAACCGUUUGAAUGUAAUCAGUGUGGAAAAACAUUUAGUUUGAGUGCUCGACUUAUUGUACAUCAAAGAACUCAUACUGGAGAGAAACCCUUUACGUGUAUUCAGUGUGGAAAAGCUUUCAUUAAUAGCUAUAAACUUAUUAGGCAUCAGGCAACUCAUACUGAAGAGAAACUCUAUGAAUGUAACUAGUUUGGAAAUCUCUCAGCUGGAAUUUAUUCCUUUUUAUUUCAUUCUUUUAAAUAAUUUAUUUUAAGGUAGUACAUGUAAUGGGAAGAGCUGCUAUAAAAACAAUACAUGUGGGAAAA